UCUGUGAAAUUAUUAAAAUAGAUUGUGAGCAUAGUUUAUUAUUAUUAUUAUUAUAUCACAAGCAUGUUGAAGGCCUUGGCCAUAGUUAUUGUGUUCUUGAUGAUGAUUAUGAGAGUCCCUGCAAUGCAGAUCAAUGAACAAGAAAAUGGUGGGAGGAAAAAUAUUGUUGUUGGUGCUGAAGAUGAUAAUGAUGGAAUUCUUGGAGAUAAGAAAACUGUUCGCGUUUUAAAUGGGAUGAAUGAUGGGAUUCUUGUGUAUCUCCAUUGUAAAUCGAAGGAUGAUGAUUUUCACCAACAUGUUCUUGCCGUUGGAGAGUACCAAGAAUGGUCCUUCAGAGAUAACAUUGCUGGCACGACUCUUUAUUGGUGCACCAUGGAUGCAAACACUUUGCAUGCAAGUUUUGAAAUUUAUAAUGCCAAAAGGGAUGAUUCAAAGUGUGAUAGCCAAUGUAAUCGAACCAUGAAAAACGAUGGAGGCUAUUUUUAUAAUCAGUUCCAAGGUCGCUGGGAGAAGAUGUUGUUUUGGAAUAUUCCAAAACUAACACCUGUCUAAAAGUUUUAUAUGCCUAUGAUAAACUAUAAAAAUAAAACAAAUUAUGGAUAAUCAUUAUGUAGCCAUCUAUUUAUUUGCUAAUAAUUAACAAGUAUUAUCUCCCUUGUUGUCA